AAAUUUAAUAACUCCCUUCGACCGACCUCUCCUAAUAGGAAGAAAGAAAGACACGAACCUCGUCUGAUUCAAAGCCUUCAGACCCUUCGAUCGAAUGCUUGAAUCUGAGGGGCACCGAGGCGUUAAUCGGACAUCUGUCCCGGCCUUGAAAGAACUCUAGAAAGAUAGGUAAGUCAAUGAUACAAAAAGGAUAUUUACGCCAUUUAAGAAGCUCAAGCCUGAAGGAGGCCAUAUUUCGCAUACCGACCGAGAGGGUGGAGGGGACCCUACCCACUACGAGAAACUGACCUCCCAAAUCACAAAGCACACAGAAACAGCAAGCUCUUCCUCUCUUUUUCUCCAUUAAGUGCUUCGUUAAUCUGGGUGUUUCUUCUCCAUCUGAAAUCCCUCGUGUUGAAGCUAUGUAUGAUUGCAUGGUGCACUAGGAGGAGGGCCUUUUGGCUUUCUCAUGAGAAUUUUAUAAGUUUUGUAGUUCCAGCAUAUUUUGUUGGCAUCUUUAGCCUAAAAGAGGAAGAGUGUUUCAUGUGUUAGUGGAUUUGUUGUUGUUUGGUCUCUUCAUGGCAUUCAAGUCUUAUUUCGAGAGUGGUAUCCCACACAAUACUUCCAAUAUGGAAGAUAUUCAGUUGAAUAUGAACUGGGAAGAUGUAACCUGCCCCAUAUGCUUGGAUUUCCCCCACAAUGGUGUUCUCCUUCAAUGCUCAUCUUAUGAGAAAGGAUGCCAUCCUUUUGUCUGUGAUACAGACCAUUUGCACUCUAAUUGCUUGGAUCGUUUUAAAAGUGCAUAUGGCCUGUCAUCUCCUUCAGCUUCUGAUGCAACUCCCACAACACACACUCAGCCUAUAGUGUUGGAAGGCAACUGCAAACCAGCUUGCCCAUUGUGUAGAGGGGAAAUUGUUGGCUGGAUAGUCAUUGAUAAAGCUCGCCUUCAUCUGGAUGAGCAUAAGCGUUGUUGUGAAGAGGAACAAUGUGCAUUUAUGGGAACUUACCUGGAACUUAAGAAACAUGCUGAAGUGGUGCACCCCAAUGCCCGUCCUUCGAGAAUAGACCCAGCGAGGCAGCUUGACUGGGAAAAUUUCCAGCGAUCUUCAGAAGUCAUAGAUGUUUUGAGCACUAUUCAUUCAGAAGUUCCACGUGGAGUGGUUUUGGGGGACUAUGUGAUUGAAUAUGGGGGCGAUGACUCUGGAGAUGAGUUUGAGGAUUUCCCUGGUGAUGAAGGUAACUGGUGGACCUCCUGUAUCUUGUAUCAGGUAUUUGAUAACUUUAGGAAUUCUAGAAACAGAAGAAGAUCAAGAGUUGCUGAUUCAAGAAGGGGAAGUCGACGCUCCAGUUAUGAUGCUUCGAAUUCAGAUGAAGGUUCAGUUGCAUCUGUAGAGUUUGCUGAGUAUAGAGUGGAAGAGACUGAUGAUGAGUUUAUGCGUACGAGAGGCCCUUCAGGGGGUAACUCCGUUCAUCGAAGGUGUAACUAAUUCAUAGUCUUAGAGUAUUUCACAGUUCGCGGAGACGUCGAUCUCGCCUCUAUGGAAUUUAGGUCUGUGCCGGAUGGGAUUCGAUUAGCAUUCAUGAUUGUGAUGGCAGUGCCUCAACAGAAGUGAAGCAAAGGAUAUAAAAAAGAAAGACGGAAUGUGAUGCUGACCAUUUUCAAGCAUGUAAAAGCUUCAUGGGGGCUAUAUCAUCUCUUUUGUAACUAUACUGUUGGUUAGGCUUACUUCCUAAAUUUCCUGACAAUUUGAUGUGGUUGUAUGAAGUGUUCCAUUAAGGUUGCAUGGAUUGUUUCGGUGUAUCUACUUGACCUGUUAGUUCUUGAUGAAAAUGUGUUUAUUUCUUUGGGGGUCAGGUCAGUAAUUUUGUUCUGGGAUUACCAGCUUUGAUGAAACUGACAUCACA